AUGCCCCUCUAUCCUGUUUCUCUUUACGAUUCUGGUGAAGGUCUUCCAUAUGCUCCGGAAGAUUGGCCUUAUCCUGGUGAUAAGUGGAGCUGGAAGGUUGGGGGACGAAUUGCUGCUUCUGGAUAUUUUUUGGAUAGAUACAUGUAUACCCCCGCGCGUCUCAGGGAGGGCGGACGUAAAACUGGUUUUGCAAGCAAACUCUCUCUUGAACAGUAUAUCCGAAAAAACUUCCCUGAUGCAGAUGUUAACGCAUUUUUUGCAUCAUUUAGUUGGAAGAUUCCUUCAAAAUCAUGCAUGAAAGAUGAUAUAGAGCUGUUCACACCUCCCAGGGAAACUGCAGAACAUUCAGGUUCCGACUCUCAGUUUGAUGGCGUGUGUUGUAAGGCUGGUAACAGAGUGUGCAAAAGUUUAUCUGCAACAGAGGAUUCUGUUUCAGAUGUCAUGUUUUGUGAUAUUUGCUGCAGUGAACCUGGCUUCUGCAGGGAUUGUUGUUGUAUUCUUUGUUGUAAGACUAUCAAAAUGGCCUUUGGAGGCUAUAGUUACAUUAGAUGUGAAGCUAAACUAGACGGCUAUGUUUGUGGACACAGUGCACAUAUAGAGUGUGCUCUACGAGCUUACAUGGCUGGGACAGUCGGAGGAAGCAUUGGUUUGGAAACUGAGUACUAUUGCCGUCGAUGUGAUUCAAGGACAGAUCUCGUUUUGCAUGUUGAAAGGCUUCUACAAACGUGCAAAUCAGUUAAUUCUCGGGAUGACAUUGAGAAGAUUCUGAAUGUUGGUAUUUGUGUUUUACGUGGAACGGAGAAAACAAAUGGAAAGCAGUUGCUGCGUCAUAUUGAGAUGGCCAUGGAAAAGCUUAGGAAUGGAACUGACCUUGAGGAUGUUUGGAAGAAGGAAGACACUGCAGUUACUGAAGUAGGACUGUCUCUAAAUGGCACAUGUGCAUUUGGAUUCCGAAAUUAUGAGGAGCCACUUGAUCACAAAGUUGGAUCGCCUCAGCCUUUAUCGUCGACGUUUGAUCAUCGUGUUGAAUCACUAAAACUUGAGGAUGAGAUUGAUCAAAUUCUGCAUGCACUAAGGAAGUCGCAGGAUUUUGAAUAUAGACUUGCGGAGGAAAGGCUUUUUGCUCAUAAGAACUAUAUCCUUAAUCUUUACCAACAGCUUGAUAAGGAAAGGUCUGACCUCUCAAGACACACAUCAUUGAAGGAUCCAAAUACCACCGUACUUGAUGCUGUCCAGAGCAGGAUCGACCAGAUAAAGCAGGAAGUGUCCAAACUAAAGGACAUGGAAGAAGCGAAGAAGGGAUUUGGAAGAGUUUCCAAAUAUAUUCUCAAGGAACAUUUUGGUCUAGAAAUUGAGAGUUGA